AGCCUUUUCCCGGUAGUCGUAAAAAAGAUAGCGAAUAUGCGCGUCACGAACUGUUUCUUAAUCGAGUUGAAAUUUAGGAGCGUUACACAUUGUUCUAUAAAAGUUUCAUUCCUCUCAUAUCAGCAUCGUUGGGGGAAACGGUCGUUUUCUCUUUGAUCACACUCCAAAUCUUCCCCAGGGCCGGCACUCGCUACAGUCACGGUCUCCAGUAGUUGAUAGAUACAAUUUAGGCGUACGAAUUCGACGGUAGCUAGUAUGUAAUGCGAAUGGUGGUGACGUGAAAGCGCCAUAAAGACCAUGCCAUUUUGUGUAUGUUUUUAAAUGGAACGAACAAUAAAUCAGUCAUUUUCACUAUCGAUAAUUGGAAGAUGUGUUUGGUUUUUGAUAACAUGUUUGCAUCGAGCGGUAUAACGAGCGGAGUUGGCUAAGAAAGGCCAUAGCCUAAACACAGAUAAAAAAAAUAAUAACCGCAGCUCUACUAUGGUAUUCAGUUUGUACAAUGGAUUUAAACUUUAUCGCCUAGCCCAUUCUUAUCCCAAAGAUUCCACUUAGGCGCGUUGCCAAUUGAUCAAUAUCAAGAAAUAAACAGUUUUAAAACAAAAUUAUAUUUCGACGCUUAGUUUUCUGUACCUACAGCAGAAUAGCAAAUUAAUUUGAACAGUACCACAGCGUUAUUCCCCGUGCUUGUUCGAAAACUGUUGAUCAUGUUCGAUUUUUUAAAAUUGUCGGUUCGAACUCACCCCACCUGACAGCUGUCAUAAUCGCUUCGUACGAAUGUCGGUGCACAUCGGCAGCUGUCGGGAUUUUCAGAAAUCGCUAACGUAUUUUUCAAGCAAGCAACGGUUGUAUCGCGCUUGGAACGACUUGUGUUGGUGUGGUGGAAAUAGAAUAAUCUAAGAAUCGUUGUUCUUGAUUUUUGCGGAACUAAACUACAUUGAGCGAGUCAAUUGUUUUUAUUGUUCAUUUAUGUACUUGAACAGGUGUGGAUAAAUAAUAAUCCAAGGCGUUUUUAGGCUGAAUUGACAUCGUUUUGUUUGGCUUUGUUUGGUGAAGCCAUGACGGAAAAUGAGCGCGUUUGAGGUAACUUGCACGCCACCUAGAGCGAAAAGGGCACAAGAAUCUCGGGAACCGACAGUGGUUUUGUUGGGGCCGUUCACUCCGAAGGCAAUCGUUGUGUUUGAAGGUGUACCUGUGGGAAAGAGCGCUCGUCGCUUGCUUAUUGUGCGGAAUACAAACAAAAUUUUGGUGCAGGUAAAACUAUCCAGAGUUCCCGAUCCUGAGUGCGGGAUCAGUUUCGAGUGGUCAGAGGCCGAAGUGGAGGCAGGCGCCGAGAAAACGCUAGAGGUUGUAUGGAAUCCACAACAGCUAAUUGUGGGCAAGGAAGUGAUCAUACUCACCGAUAGCAUUGGCAACAGGAAGGACGUACAAUUUAUACUGAAAACUGUCGAGCUAAAAUCGGUCGGACGAAAACCGGUCUCUAAAUCAUUCGCCGUUCCAAAAAAGUUGAAACUAAAAUCACCAUCCCCACCGAAGGUGAAGCUGAAGCGCAACGUAAUACCGAAGAAGACGAAAACAUCUCCAGGGAAACAAGGUUGGUCUGUGCCUACGAUUGUGGUAAACAGCAGAAUGGGUGCUAUCACAUCGAAAGUAACGACGACGAUGCUUGGGUCGAGCAAUGCGGAAAAUAGUUUUGAUAACAAUGAUCUGCUAGACAAAUGCUGUACAAGCCCGACGAUAUCUUCUGACAGGGGCAAGCCUGACAAGGAAAAUAUCAACCCGACCACUCCCCAGAUAGGUGCUGGGGGAUUGGAUGUUAAAAAUCAGGUGACACCGAUAUCUGCUUUCGACAGCUAUCUUAUGUACAUGGAAAACCAACCGACACCGGAAUGUUACAUAAAAGGGAUAGGGCGCAGAGGGUUGGCUGAUUUUUCCGUGAGAAAGCAUCUGGAAACAUCUCCCAAAAUUGAGCCAGUUAAAGAAACUAAAGUUUCUGAUGCUCCAGAUCGGAUCUUAACCCAGACGACUGUUUUACAGCAACGGACACUUAAUCAAGAGAUGAAAGCUACACCGCAGGAUCGAAACGGCAAGUUUGAUCCUAGUUGCUUUUCAACUGUUACUAAACCCACUACUGUAGAUAAAACGUUUCUAAAGCCAUUUAUCGGGAGUCCCACGGCGGUGGAAAUCGAUAAUGUCCAACAGCAAGCGAGCGAUAAUCUUCAGCGACAUUUAACGUUUUCACCAGAGCCUGAACCGUUGAUCGUCGAAGGUCAAGUACGGCGAAUAAAAAGCGAGGAACAUGAAACGCUCGAAUCACACAACAGUAUUGAUCCUGUUCCACAACGCGAGGAAGUGGUGCCAAUCGAGGAACAUAUGGCUAUCAUCAACAAAACGCACACGGUGGCUUACGAUUCCAAUCCUCAUCUAUCGAGCAUAGCGGAAGAAAAUAUGGCUGAACUUGGUGUAACGUUUGAUCGGCGCCUGGAACGUCGUAACGGAUCGGUACCAGAUGUUGCUGAACUGUUGUCUUCACUUCACAGCCAGAAAACCUUUAUCGUAUCAACGGAGGAAAGUUUACGGUCAGCAUCGGUCGAAAACAUUGUUAAGAAUGUAACCAUUACUAUUAACGAUAAUGUUUCUCGCUGUUCGCUCCCGAAUCUGUUCGACAAGAGUGGCACCAGUAGCAAGAUCAAUCUUGAGGAGGACGAAGCGGAGAAGAUCUUUCAAGAGCAUGAAAUCCGAGCACAGUCUAGUCGAUUCAAUUUGCACGAAGUUGGUCGUUUUAGUGAUGAGAUGGUUGUAACUAGUGCUUGCAAGCGUGGCAUUGAAUCGGUUGGCGAUGGAAGAGAAGAAAAGCCAAACAUGUUUGAGCAUGAAAUUUCUUCCCCAAAGCGCCGUUGUCGCCUUACGACGAGUACAGCCACGAUUACAACCGUACAACAGGCUAUCAAAACGCAACAAGUAUCCGUUAGUCAAACAUUCCGUAAACCUAUCGGAUACAAGACAGCACAACAGGCUCGCAGUGUAACGCUGACCUCUUCACGCAGUCUCAGUCUCAAGCGACCAGCGGUGUCUGCUGCGUUGCCGUCAAAGACGGUUGAGAAACGUGUGUUCUUGUACGACUCGGAUCGACAUUUGAAAACGCUCAUCAAUCCUGACCCGUUUGCUGCAACAACUACAUGCAAUCCUUUCCUCACCGUCACAAUGUAUCUAGAUGAGCAAGCGUUUGACCAGUACGAGCGACAGAUGAAAAAGUGGCUUAAUGCUCUUGUUACGAUACCGGCCGAUUUGGAUACGGAGCCGAACAAACCGCUGGAUGUGGGUAAGCUCUUUGACGAGGUAAAAUCCAAGGAUCUUACGCUUGCCCCCACCAAGGAGCUGAUUUCGUCGAAAUAUUACAAAAAUCGAUUGAACAGUUUACGCAGUGCUGGAAUUGCACUGUACACGAGUGAAGAGAUAGCCGUUCCGCUCCGCAAGGUGGCUGCACAGAUCGAAAAACAAUUGCUGGCACUACGUACCGAUCGAAAACUUCAUCUCGAUCUGGUACUGCAACGCUCCAUCCUAGAGUUACUGCUGUGUUUCAAUCCUUUGUGGUUACGGCUCGGCUUGGAGGUUGUUUUUGGGGAGCAAAUAGAGCUUCAAUCCAACCGAGACAUAGUGGGGUUGAGCGCGUUUAUCAUACAUCGAUUGUUUCGGGACCGUUAUCUGGAAGCGCGCAACUCUAAGGCAUACAGCCUUUCGGGUGCCUAUGCCGAGCAUAUGAAGAAAUUUACGCUGCGAACGGUCCUAUUUUUAUUGUUUUUCCUCGACACGGCGAAACGGCGCAAACUGAUAAAGCACAACCCGUGCCUUUUUGUCCGCAAUGCACCAUACAAGGAGACACGAGAGAUUUUGGUACGAUUUUCAUCAUCGUUGGUGGCCGGAAUCGGUGACAUUACUAAGCAUCUGAAGCGUGUGGGUUAUACGCUGUCUCAUAAGCAAUCUUAUCUGGACGAAUAUAACUAUGCUUUCGAGAAUCUAGCCGUAGAUCUGCGCGACGGUGUACGACUCACUCGUGUAAUGGAGAUCAUUCUGCUGCGAGAAGAUUUGUCUACAAGCUUACGCGUGCCGCCAAUAUCGCGCCUACAAAAGAUACACAACAUUAAUCUAGCGCUGGGAGCACUCGAGCAGGCCGAAUAUCAAAUUGCCGGUAAUAUAACGGCUAAGGAUAUCUGCGAUGGACAUCGCGAACAAACGAUGUCACUACUGUGGCAGAUCGUGUACAAGUUUCGCGCACCGAAAUUCAAUGCCGCCGCGAUCGUUCUGCAGCGUUGGUGGCGCAUGAAUUGGCUGAAGGUGGCAAUCGCUCGCCGCAUCGAAGAAAAGCAACGAUUGAAAAGAGAAGUGGCCGCACGCACCAUUCAAGCCGCGGUUCGUGGUUACUGUGUUCGCGUUUGGUAUGAAGCCUAUCGUCACCAGAAGCUGCGAGCGAUCGUAACGAUCCAGAAGUUUACCAGGCGAUAUCUAGCGCAGAAACGGGCUGCUAAACGAUUUGCGGCAAUCGUACGCAUACAGCAUUGGUGGCGAUCAAUGAGAGAAAUGCGAUCUGCUCGCGAACGUUAUUUGUUGUGUAGAAAAUCAGCCAUAAUUUUACAAACGUCGUUCCGACGGUACACACUCGGAAGGAAGCUACUGGCAGCGGCAGCAGUAAUCGGUACGAUUCGUGCCGAGGCAAAGCAUCGCCAUCUGCAGGCAACCAUAAUUCAGCGUAGUAUAAAAUCGUACGUAAUCCACCGUCGCCUGCAUGCGAUUGUUAACGGUAUGGUAGUGUUCAUUCGACGGAAAUGGUUACAACAUCGAUCGGCUGCAAAAAUUCAAUCCCUUCAACGAAUGCGGAUCGUACGCAAAGAGUAUCAACGAAUCCGUUCGGCUACUAUUUGCAUUCAGCGUCGUUGGCGCGAAUGUUUGACAGCACGACGGCUGCGGAACCGAUUCUUAUUGAUGCGUGCUAGCGCCAUUAAAAUCCAGGAACAUUUCCGUGGGUGGAAGCAAAUGCAUUUGGAUAUGCAAGCAUAUAAACGAACACGGGAGCUUAUUAUGCAUGUGCAGCAUCGUUGGCGUGCUACAAUAGCGAUGCGAAAGGAACGAUUAGCUUACAAGACUGUUCGACAAGCUGCGAUCAACGUACAGCGGAAUUUCCGAGCACGGCAAGCGAUGAAGUUAGAAGUAAACCGAUACCAAACGUUACGCAGUACAACAAUAACGUUGCAACGACGCUAUCGGGCCAAUAGAGCAAUGAUGGUACAGCGUCAACAAUAUAUUGCAUUGCGGGUUGCCACUCUUUGCAUUCAGAGAAGAUUCCGAGCGCAAUUGAGUAUGCGUGCGGCUCGCACAACUUAUGUACAGAUUCGUAGCGCCAUCGUAACCAUACAGCGCCGUUAUCGGGCCACGAUCCUAAUGCGGCAGGAAAGGGAUCAUUUCAAUGCUCUUCGACGAUGCACCAUCAAUGUACAGUCGCGAUACCGUGCCAUCCUUGCAGGUAGAGUUACGAAGCAAAGAUAUGAAACGUGCCGCAGAGCGGCCAUACAUAUACAGCGCAAGUGGCGUGCUACACUGCAGAUGCGUCGAGAUUGCGCUCAGUACGGCAUGCAACGCAGUGCAGCGAUCACUCUGCAACGAUCAUGGCGAGCUAUUCUGUUGAAACGGAAAAUAAGAUAUGAUUAUUUGCGAUACCUUGACGCGGCCAAAAUCCUGCAGCGACGUUAUCGUGCCCUAGUGCAGGGACGGUUGGUUCGUCAAGAGCUGGAGCAUCGUAGGCGUGCGGCUAUUAUUAUUCAGCAACGAUUGCGUGCUUUCCUUAAAAUGAAACAAGAACGAUAUCAAUACCUUCGUCUUCGUCAAGCAGCACUGGUGCUACAAAAUCGUUUCCGAGCAAACCGAGCCGGUUUGAUGCAACGCAAUCGAUAUAUGGCCAUUAAACAAAGUGCCAUUGUGAUUUCCAACAGAUGGGCCGCUACUUUAGCAAUGAGACAACAGCGAUCCAGCUUUCAGCGGCUAAAAUCCGCUGCCAUCGUUAUACAGCAACGAUACCGAGCACAAAAAACUAUGCAAGAAGCAGUCCAACACUACCGGCACAUCCGUACAGCGGUUGUACUCAUACAGCGAACUUAUCGUGCCCAACGGGCAAUGGAAAAAUGCCGUGGCAGAUUCCUGAAUCUGAAAAGUGCCUCAAUUGUGGUGCAAGAGUUUUACCGCGGAUACAAAAAGAUGAAGCAUGAACGAGCAAGUUUUCUGCGGCUUCGGGAAGCAGUCAUAUCGAUUCAGCGACGAUUUAGAGGAAAGUUGUUGAUGCGUCAAGCUGUCGAUGAUUAUGAACGGAAGCAGAAGGCAGCGGUAACAGUGCAACGUUGGUAUCGCGGUUAUCGUAAAAUGGUAACGGAACGAGAUCGAUUCAAUGCUCUGAAGCGGGCUGCCACGAUCUUCCAGACUCGCUACCGCGCUCGUCGGGAAAUGGUUCGCAACGUGAAAGAAUACAAUCGAAUUUGUCGCGCGGUUAGAACUAUACAAACUCGCUGGCGAGCUACACUCAGUAUGCGCCGAGAGCGUGAAACGUACCGACGAACGUUACAAGCCGCCAGGACCAUUCAGAUUCAUUAUCGCGCUUACCGGGAACGACUAAUCGAUGAGUUGAAUUAUCGAAUGUAUCGCAGUGCCGUAAUCGUCGUUCAAAGGCGAUAUCGCGAAAAGCUGGAAACACGCUAUGAGCGACAACGAUUCGAACAAAUUCGUCACACUAUAUACGGGUUGCAGAAACAUGCACGUGGCAUGCUUGCCCGACGAGCCUUCCGGGCGAUGUUAACUCCGGAGUAUUUGGAGAAGCAGCGUCGGGAUAAGGCUGCCCUUCGAAUACAGCGUUGGUGGCGUGGUGCCUACCAUCGAAAGCGCCAUCAGACGGCGAAAAUGCGCACAAUUGCCAAACAGAUGGUAGUGAGCCGUCGGGAGGCGCAACGAGAUCCGUCCAACCGGCUAAGUAACGUAAGCCGACUGUGCAUGCGUUUCUUGAAGACACGUUUUAGCUCUUCCGAAGCAAUUGGCAUCCUACAGCGUUUGGAGCGCAUGUCCCGGCUGGUACCGCAUCUGCUUGUAGAUGAUGCUGUGUUUUUAUCGGUUUUCUGCUACAACACAAUGGCUCAGGCCAUUCGCUCGGAGGUGGAUAAAAUAUUGAUCGAAAUUUGUGCCCGUAUCAUACUGAAUUUGGCACGCUUCGAAGGCACGAAGGAACAAGCAUUUCAGGAAAACGGGCUGGUUACAGUUUCACAAAUGCUACUACGUUGGUGUGAUAAAGAUUGCGCAAUAUUCAGCACACUUUGCACCCUACUGUGGGUUUUAGCUCACGAUAACAAGAAGAAAAAUGCUAUCCGUCGUUAUAUGAUUUCGAAAGACGCCAUAUUUAUGUUGCGUGAAACGAAAAAAUUAGUACAGCGCAAGGAAAAGAUGCGCAAGAACGUUCAACGUCCGGUGGGUUGUCUCGUCGCACCGAAUCCGCAGCUAAUGCGCACGGUACCCUCGCUGGAGCCAGAUUUUGGCGUCAACCGCACUAAACCGUAUGUUUUCUACUCAUCCGUAUUUGGGUUUGAAAGAGUACUCCAGAUGUUGGAAGUGGAUCUUACAUAAUCCCUAAAUAAUCAUAAUAUUUUUCCAUAUUUCAAAACGCUGUAAGGUGGGUGCGUGAUUAUUAACGAUUUAUUAUACGUUGGUGAAUUUUUCAUUUGUUUUACAGUAUGUUUGUUUUAAGCACUAGAACGUUCACAAUACAUGUUUAUCUCAAACAAUUUGUUCAAA